GACAAAGAGGUCUCUGUGUCGUUGUCAAUUGCAGUUCAAGGUACAACAAGGAAGAACACAGAGUUGCCACCAUGUCUCAAGCGCCGAAACCCAAGCCCAAAAUAUCUGCAUCGCGUCGAUUGUUCUUGAAGACAAAACUGCUUAAGAAAGCCAUGACUAUGCUGGAAAGUGAAACACAGGCCAAAGCAAGUGAAAAAGAGAGGACUCUCGCUGAGAAAGUGCCAGCCCUUCAGCUGUCAGGACUGUCUUUGCAGGAUUUACAGAAUUUUUGCAAAGACCUGCACAGGAAAAUUGAUAAGGUUGAUGAGGAGCGCUAUGAUCUUGCUGCUAAAGUAACAAUAAAUGACAGAGAGAUACAAGAUCUGUCCCAAAAAGUUUUCGAGAUGAAAGGUAAGAUGAAGAGACCUGCACUGAAGAGGGUGAGGGUGUCUGCAGACGCCAUGCUGGGAGCUCUGCUGGGAUCGAGGGUCAAGGAGUCUGUGGACUUCAAGUCUCACCUCAAGACUGUGAAGAAAGAGGAGGAGAAGAAGGAAGAAGUGACUGACUGGCGUAAGAACGUGGAUGCCAUGUCUGGGAUGGAGGGCAGGAAGAAGCUCUUUAAUGCUGGGCAGUAGGCUUGAAGUAGUCCUUUUUGUGAAGGUGUUUGCUGAUUUGAAACAGGUGAAAGUUGAAAUUAUAUUGAAUUAGUGCUGUACUAUUGUAAAUGUUUGUGCAAUUGUCACCAAUGACCUAUCUCUGUUUAUAUUUCUGCUGUGAAACUAUUUUCAGUUUUAAAAAUGUGUAUUUAAUGUAAAUGCACUUUGAUUCAUUUGGUCUUACAGUGUCCUUUACACAUUCAGUAGCAAAUGAAAGAGGCGCAAUUUGUGUGAUUUCAUGCAAUCCAAUAUGACAACUCUACAAUUAAUAAAUGUUUACUUGUGGUUUGUCUUUCCUGUUUUUGGAAUAAGAGGAAGCUGUAAUAUAUCCACUUACUAAACAAGUGACAAAAAAACAAGCUACAAUUAUUUUCUUUAAGGCAGCUUAAAUUUAAAAUAGAAAAAAAAGACUGAAUGUGACACUUUCAAAAUAGAAUAUAUAAAAAGACUUUUAUUGGAUUGCAUUGGGUUUUAUUGUGUACCUUCCGAGGUAUGAUUGAACAGUAUAUCACUUGACUGUUUCACUUGGUGUCUUAUUGUCAGAUCAACCUCUUGUAAUAAAAGAAAUCUAAAGGGAAUUCCUGUGGGCAUGCAUUUUGCCCAAAGUUUCUUAAAUGUUACAGACCGUUUUGCUUUAAAAUGGGUGGUAUAGUAAAUUAAUGCUUAGGCUAGCUUUGGUUGUGCAUGCCGAACUUUAAUGUGAAAGUAAUUAUAUUUCAUAACAAGAAUUUGAGCUUCUGUAUAAAUAAAUAAAACAUUUGUCUCAUUGAUUG